AUGCCUUCUCGUACGUUGUGGAAAAAGCACAAGGAUUUGCCGCAGUCUCAGUCGAACGUCCUCUUCGACAGGAUCGAGAUCAGCUGUUCAAGGUCAAUAUGGAAUGACCCGUCGAUGCCCGGCAACAGCGACCUCCGCCCUUCAUCCAUACACCGUAGCAUAGAGCUGGACGAGCAAUGCGAUAACAGAUGGCUAUGUACUAGAGAAGUUCCAUACAGCCCCGUCAGGCACGACAUGCUCACGAGAGAAAAUUGCAAGAAGGGAAACAAGGGCAAGGUCUGGAGUUGGCGCGAUAAGGGCCGUAUUCAGAUCUGGCUCAAGUACGCCGACCUAGGUCGAGAGAUAGCCUACGUCUACCUCGGCCGCUACUAUCUUGGAAGCAACGGCUCAAUAGUGCAUGAAUAG